UAUAUAUAUAUAUAUAUAUAUAUGGGGUGUGUGUAGAUAGAAGAAGGUACGAAGUAAUGAAAAUCUUUUUGGUGUAGAUCUACACGGUUUUGGCAAGAUUGUUCUUGCACACGUAGCUGCUGCAACCUCCAUCGGGGUGAUCUCCGCCGUCGUCAUGCAUUUCCGCCACCGCAAGUCGAAGUCCUCGGGAGCUGACAACCACCUUGCUCCGCUCUUGGACCGGACGGAGUCCGGCCGCGUCGGAAAAAUCGAGAGGUUUUCCCAUUAUCUUGCAAGGCAAAUGGGAUUUGAAGAUGAAAGUGAGUGCCCGGAAUUAAUAAAGUUGGGAUAUGAGUACUUGAAGAGGUCGAAAGGUGUUGAUGGUAAGAUAUAUGAGUACUUAGCCAAUCACCCAAACGCUGAGGCUUUAUUUGUCAAAUUGGUUGAAGAAUUUGAGAGAUGCAUUCUUGCCUACUUUGCCUUUCAUUGGUCUCAAGCCCCUCUCAUCAUCACUCAGGUAUUGAGUGUUGAUUCUGAACAAAAAAGGCUCAAGGAUUUAGUGAUGGCAGCUACAAGGAAACAAAGGUUCGAGAAAAUAACAAAGGACCUCAAAGUGAAAAGAUUGUUCUCCACACUUGUAGAGGAGAUGAAAGCAAUUGGGACUAAAGGAAAUGAAGCAUUAAAUCAUUCAGACGUGAUGGUGCCGGCGGCUCUAAGCGAACGAUCUCCAGUGCUCCUCCUUAUGGGUGGCGGCAUGGGGGCCGGUAAGAGUACUGUCCUAAAAGACAUCAUGAAAGAAUCAUUUUGGUCAGGAGCAGCAGCGAAUGCUGUGGUUGUCGAGGCUGAUGCUUUCAAGGAGACAGAUGUUAUCUACCGAGCCCUCAGCUCACGAGGGCAUCAUCAAGACAUGCUUCAAACUGCUGAACUUGUGCACCAAUCAUCGACCGAUGCUGCAUCAUCCCUCCUGGUAACUGCGCUCAAUGAAGGACGUGAUGUGAUCAUGGACGGCACCCUGUCGUGGGAGCCGUUUGUGGAGCAGACAAUAGCUAUGGCAAGAAAUGUGCACAAGCACCGGUACCGGAUGGGAGAAGGCUACAAGGUUGCGGAGGAUGGCACCAUAACCGAGAACUAUUGGGUUCAGGUGGAAGACGAGGGAGAAGAGGCUACCGUCAGGAAACCAUACAGGAUUGAGUUGGUUGGAGUUGUUUGUGAUGCUUACCUUGCUGUUGUCAGAGGUAUAAGGAGAGCAAUACACAUGGGAAGGGCAGUGAGAGUGAAGGCUCAGUUGAAAUCCCACAAGAGAUUUGCUAGUUCAUUUCCAAGAUACUCUCAGCUUGUGGAUAAUGCUAGGCUAUACUGCACAAACGCCCCAGGAGGUCCACCCAGGUUGAUUGCAUGGAAAGACGGAGACAGCAACCUGUUGGUCGAUCCCGACGAAAUCAAAUGCUUAGAAUCAGUAAGCAAUUUGAACGAUGAAGCAGAGUCGGUAUACGAGCUCUACAAAGGGCCGGAUCAGAUACACGAGCCUGGCUCAGUUUGGAAUGAUGUAGUCUUGCUUUCUACGAGGGCAAGUCUUCAGCUGGAGCUCAAAACUGCAGUCAUGAAAAUUGAAAUCCCUGUUGCUUAAUUAGAUUAGGCACUGUCAAGUUCUUUUUAACCUGAAUCUUUGAUCAUUUCUGUCUGGAGCUAACUUUGCUGCAUGUUCUGAGCUCAGUGCUAAUAGCACUCUUAUGUGGCUUUCAAAGUGCAAAUAAAAUGUUGCAAACAGAUUGAGCCAAAAGGAAAGGACUGUCAGUGUAUCUUUUGGGUUUGCCUGAUUUUGGUAACAUUUGUUGCGACAUGGGCAAUGAGCUUUGUAGGAAAUCAAGAUUUGGACAGAAAAUUAUUGUCCAGGUUAUAUUUGAUCGAAUCGGUUUGUAAUAUAUUUUUCGUA